AGCAGACUGCAGGAGUGGAGUGACUCAUUAUAUGAUCUACUAUGCUCCCUCUGGUUCAACUUCUUCAAACUCUAUUUUGGUUUCUCCUGACAAUAGCUCCUAUGUGAUAAGAGGGUUAGAUACCUAUCUGGACUAUAUCAUUCAAUUGACUGCAUCAAAUAAAGACGAGGAGAGUGACAGGAGCAGUGAGACUGUCAGCAAAACACUUGAAGAAGUCGCGCCUGCUCCUAUCAAUGUGGCUAUACCGCGGAGUACUACAAGCUCCUUCACUGUAUCCUGGUCUACUCCUCUAACAUCUAACAACAAUGGUAACAUCCAGAAGUAUAUCAUCCGCUACAAGCGAACUGAUCCAGCUGGUGAUGGCAUUUAUAAGAUGGAGGAAGUAUUGACUGGUUCAUUAGAUGGAGAACAUACUGUGAUGGACCUAGCCAGUGAAAUCAGUUAUACAGUUCAGGUCCAAACUGUCAAUGGAGCUGGUUCUAGCAAUUGGUCCGAGCCCGUGAAUGCAAAGACCAUCCUCUCAGGUGAUGAUAGUGGUACCAGGAAACCACUAAGUGCUGUGAUAGGGGGUGUGAUAGUACCCAUCGUUCUCAUCGCAAUACUACUAAUUACUUUGGUGAUGUAUAGAAGGAUCAAACAAAGACGUUUAGAGACUGAACCAGCCGCGUCCCCACCAACCAAUGCACGUGAGACCUCAUCAAAGUAUGAGAACCCUGUAUUUGAUGACUCAAAGCAAGACCCCAAUACCUACGAAGACCCGAAUGCUGAUACCCAUGUCUACCAAGAUCUUGAUACAGAUACCCCAAACUACCAGAAUCUUACCGACCCCCAUACCUAUCAAGAUCUAAAGAAACCCAACACUGACGUUACCUAUCUAGAACCCAUAACAUCAGAUCCGAGAGACACUUACGAAGAAAUAUAGAGGCAGCCCUAGCGAGGCAGAGGCUUGGGUAUGGUGCCAGCAAUGAUACAUGCUGGAUCAACAAUAAUGAACAUGUUAUGCAAUACACAGAGUUGGUAAUAUUUAUCAUGGUGCUCAUACUUCCUUACUAUGUGCUCAUACUACGGUAGUACACUAUUUCAAUUGUUGCAAGAAUUAUA